AAAGACCGAGUCCAGCUAGGCACGAUGCGCAGCAUCAGGGGCGGCCGCGGAGCUGGAGCAGCUGGGAUUCAGUGAUUAAAUACUUCUCAUAGCCGUUUUGUUGUACCCAGUCGCUCCCUGGUGUAAUUCUCCUGUCCAAGAAGGAAGCUGCAUUUGAACGGUGUGCUGAGCAGAGGUUUGAAUCAUUCCAGCUGGCUGCUUGUUUUGAAAAGGACAACAUGCGUAUAAAUAAAAAAGACUGCCCGCAGAGUUGAGGAUCCAGCACCGGAGCUGCGUGCCCUCAGAAUCCUGCUGUGGCAGAUGGGCUGGACCGAAAGCUCCCCUCACUAACCAGGAGCCGAGUGAACCCUAAUCCUGGACAUCUCAUUUUGCAACUCUGGCAAAUUCAAGUUAGCAAAAGAAAAAUAAAAUUGAAAUGCUUCUCUGGAUAAUGAUUAAAGGACUCUGCAACAGUUCUUGGUAUUGGAUAUAAAAAUCUCAACUAUCGCCCUCCUGGUCCACUGUCUCCCAGGUCAGCCUUAUUUGUGACCCCUUCAAGUAUCUCACAUGGUCUGCAAUGGUUACAUGAACCUUUGGGAAGUGGAAUCUGCACCAUCUCAUGCGUUAGCUACCAUGGCACUUUAGGGAAAGUAGUUGGAAAGGGCUCCCAUAGCAUUUAUUUUAAACAUGAAUCUUGUUGUGAGGUUUCGAAGACGCUUUCGAACACUGACUGUUCUCUUGGCCACCUGUUGCUUGGUGAGCACUGUCAUUUCUGCCUAUUUCCUGUACUCUGGUUACAAACCAGAAAUGACACUUAUCGGAAGCACUGCAGAAGCAGAAUGCACCGACAUCAAAAUUCUCCCCUAUCGGUCUGCAGAGCUGAAAACCAUCAAGCCCAUCGACACAUCCAAAACCGACCCCACCGUCCUCCUUUUUGUGGAGAGCCAGUACUCUCAACUUGGUCAAGAUAUCAUAGCAAUCUUGGAGUCCAGCCGAUUUCAGUACCAGAUGGUCAUUGCUCCGGGCAAAGGAGACAUACCCCCUCUUACAGAGAGUGGCAAAGGGAAGUAUACUCUAAUCAUUUAUGAAAAUAUUCUAAAGUACGUCAGCAUGGACUCAUGGAACCGAGAGCUUUUAGAAAAAUACUGUAUAGAAUACAGUGUUAGUAUAAUUGGUUUUCAUAAAGCCAAUGAGAACAGCUCACCAAGCACACAGCUGAAAGGUUUUCCUUUAAACUUAUUCAACAAUGUAGCCCUGAAAGACUGUUCAGUCAAUGCCCAGUCACCUCUGCUGCAUAUCACCAAAGGCCCGAAGGUUGAAAAGGGACCUCUUCCUGGAGAAGACUGGACAAUUUUCCAAUAUAAUCAUUCAACCUACCAGCCCGUACUUUUAACAGAAUUACAGACAGAAAAGUCCUUUUCCUUCUUGCCCAGCAAAACACUCUAUGCGACAAUAAUUCUGGAUCUGGGGCUUCAUGAUGGUAUUCAGCGAGUUCUUUUUGGUAACAACUUGAACUUCUGGCUUCACAAGCUCAUCUUCAUAGAUGCCAUCUCUUUCCUGUCGGGGAAGAGGCUGACAUUGUCCUUGGACAGGUACAUCCUAGUGGACAUUGAUGAUAUAUUUGUAGGGAAGGAGGGAACAAGGAUGAACGUCAAGGAUGUGAAGGCAUUACUAGAGACUCAAAAUUUACUGCGCACUCAGGUUGCAAAUUUUACCUUCAACCUUGGAUUUUCAGGGAAGUUUUACCACACAGGGACUGAAGAGGAGGACGAAGGAGAUGACCUUCUGCUUAGGUCCGUGGAUGAGUUCUGGUGGUUUCCCCACAUGUGGAGCCACAUGCAGCCCCACCUCUUCCACAACGAGUCAUCUUUAGUUGAGCAGAUGAUUCUGAACAAGGAAUUUGCCCUGGAACAUGGAAUACCUAUCAACAUGGGCUAUGCAGUGGCCCCACAUCACUCAGGGGUUUACCCAGUCCAUAUUCAGCUGUAUGCAGCUUGGAAGAAGGUCUGGGGUAUUCAGGUCACCAGCACUGAAGAAUAUCCACAUCUGAAACCUGCACGGUACAGGAAGGGCUUCAUUCACAAUAGCAUCAUGGUCCUCCCUCGGCAGACCUGUGGGCUGUUCACUCACACUAUUUUCUACAAAGAGUAUCCAGGAGGACCCCAGGAACUGGAUGAGAGCAUCCAAGGAGGUGAACUGUUCCUCACAAUCCUUCUAAACCCAAUCAGCAUUUUCAUGACCCAUUUGUCUAACUAUGGAAAUGACCGCCUGGGAUUAUACACCUUUGUGAACUUGGCCAAAUUCGUACACAGCUGGACCAACCUGAAAUUGCAAACUCUUCCUCCAGUGCAACUGGCUCGCAAGUACUUUGAGCUCUUCCCAGAGCAGAAAGACCCUCUCUGGCAGAAUCCCUGCGAUGAUAAACGACACAAAGACAUCUGGUCCAGGGAGAAGACUUGUGACCAUUUACCAAAAUUCCUUGUCAUUGGGCCACAAAAAACAGGAACAACCGCACUUUAUUUAUUUCUUCUUAUGCAUCCCUCCAUCAUCAGCAAUCUUCCUAGCCCCAAAACAUUUGAAGAAGUUCAAUUUUUUAAUGGCAACAACUAUCACAAGGGAAUUGACUGGUAUAUGGACUUUUUUCCUACUCCUUCCAACAUUACCAGUGAUUUUCUAUUUGAAAAGAGUGCGAACUACUUCCACUCAGAAGAUGCUCCCAAGAGAGCUGCAUCUCUUGUCCCGAAAGCCAAGCUCAUCACCAUCCUCAUUGACCCCUCAGACAGGGCAUAUUCUUGGUACCAGCACCAACGAUCACAUGAAGAUCCAGCUGCCCUAAGGUUCAAUUUCUAUGAAGUUAUCACCACAGGCCAUUGGGCCCCACCUGAUCUAAAGACUUUGCAGAGGCGAUGUCUAGUGCCAGGGUGGUAUGCUGUGCACAUAGAAAGAUGGCUGGCACACUUUGCUGCUUCCCAGUUGCUCAUUAUUGAUGGACAGCAGCUGAGAUCUGACCCAGCUACUGUGAUGGAUGAAGUCCAGAAGUUUCUAGGAGUUACACUUCAUUAUAAUUAUUCUGAAGCACUAACGUUUGAUCCCCAGAAAGGCUUUUGGUGUCAGCUACUGGAAGGGGGAAAGACCAAAUGCCUUGGGAAAAGCAAAGGACGAAAAUACCCACCCAUGGAUCCAGAGUCUAGAACCUUCCUGUCCAAUUACUACCGAGACCACAAUGUGGAGCUCUCCAAGCUGUUGCACAGGCUGGGCCAGCCUCUGCCCUCAUGGCUGAGACAGGAGCUGCAGAAAGUGAGAUAGCAUCGCCACAAGAACGUGCCCAUAGGGCACAACGACACCAUUAAGUAGAAAAGGCAAACUCCACAAAUCUAUUCCCUAAUGCACUUGUGAUUGUUGAGAGAGGACUGUGAAUACACUUCCUUCAUUUUUUUCAUAAAAUGAAAACAUAUAUGCACGCAUUUGCAAUUAUUAACAUUAAUCCCUCUGUAAGUUUUUUGAAAAACAAAAUAAUGGGAUUUAUGGC